AUGAAGUUCUCUGCUCUGCCCGCUCUUCUCGGCGCCAUCCUCGUUGCUCAGGAGGCUAUUGCUCAUCCCGGAGAGAGUGCAGCAGAACAUGCACAAGAGAUUGCUGAGCGCAAUGCCUACUUCAAGACUCACAAGCGAUCUCUCGCCCACUGCGCUGAAAAGCUGAAAGCACGUGGCAACGAUGCGGCCAUGCAUGCUCGCCGCAGUGCCAUGGUCGAUGGCCUUCGUAAGAAGCGAUCCAUAAGCCAAGAAAAGCCUUAUCUCCACGCUCGCGACGCAGAGGAAGUUCUUAACAAGAACCAUAAGAGCAACUUGACAAAUGUCCACCCCGACACCGACCCGGCCAUCCUCUUCGCUGGUAACAACUCUUGCGUCUUGACCCCUGAGACCACGCAAGGACCGUACUGGGUUUCCGGAGAACUCAUUCGUCAGGACAUCCACGAGAACCAGGAAGGUGUCCCAUUGACAUUGGACAUUCAGAUCAUCGAUACCAACACCUGCGAGCCUGUCCCUAAGGCGUACCUCGAGAUCUGGCACUGCAACAGCACGGGUGUUUACUCCGGCGUCAACGCAAAUGGCAAUGGCAACACCAACGACACGUCGAACUUGGACAAGACCUUCAUGCGAGGUGUGCAGCUGUCCGAUGAUAGCGGUGUUGUGACCUUCAACACUCUCUUCCCAGGGCACUACACUGGUCGUGCAACUCACAUCCACGUCAUGUCACACUUGAACGCCACGACCUUGCCCAACAACACCAUUUCCGGGGGCUCAAUUACCCAUGUCGGCCAGACAUUUUUCGACCAGGACCUCAUCUCUUUGGUCGAGGAGACUGAUAUUUACGCCAGCAACACCCAGGAAUUGACAACCAAUGCAGACGACACAAUUUUCUCGGGUGAAGCCGAUGGCUACGAUCCCGUCGUUGAGUAUGUGCUCCUCGGUGAGGAUGUCUCGUGUGGUGUUUUCGGCUGGAUCGCGUUCGGUAUGGACUCCACGGCUGCCUACAACAUCAGCGCCGCCGCCUACUGGACCGAGAAUGGCGGUGUUGUCAACUCUGAUGCUGCUUCAACUUCCACUCGUUUAUCUUCAUAA